AUGAGAAACCAGCAUGGCGGCUCUCGUCAUGGUGGUUCACAGCACGGUUCACAGCACGGUUCUCAGCAUGGAUCCCAGCAUGGAUCCCAAGUUGGAUCUCCAACGCGAAGCACCGGAAAGCCUUCUGGAUUUCCCAAAGGCACGGGAGUUGACCCUGCUCGUGAUCGUGCACCUAUAACUGCGACUGAACUUGUUGGAAAGCGAGUGGAUCUUCCAGCUGAUGCCUUCCGAAUGGGCAAGGAGAGCCGUUUUGCGGCUCGUCCGGGUUUUAACACGGAUGGAAAGGGGAUUAAGGUACAGCUCAACCUUUUCCCAGUCACAAGUUGGUCGGACAAGGAUAUCUAUCAGUACGAUGUUACUGUUGAACCCAAUCUCAAGGAUUCGCAUGCCUUGGUUAAGAAGGUUUGGAACACAAAGACCGUGACCGAGAUGCUUGGGAAGAAGGGGGGUAAAUGGUUGUAUGAUGGUAACAAGCUCGCUUGGUCUUCGGAAAUGAUUGAGCGAAAUGAGACACGCGUCAUCGUUGACCUUGAUUCACUCAAGGAAAAAGCUGAGGCUAUUCAUAAGGACGUGGCCCAGAAGGUCACCCGCCAUAGCGUGUAUCAUCUUUUUAUUCGCCAGACUAAGGUAAUUCGUCUGGCUUAUCUCAAGGGUUACCUCCUUGGCAAAACUAGUUGGGAUUCGCACGUGUUGGAGUGCAUGAAUUUCUUUGACCACUGUCUACGUCAGUUCCCAUCUGAGCAGUGGGUCACCAUCAAACGCAACUUCUAUGAUCCCUUGUUCCCUCGUGGCACCCUUGCAGGCGACCUUGUCGUCAACCAAGGCGUUUAUUGCGCUCCUCGACUGAGCGAGACGAUCAACAGAGGAGGCACGGGCCUUAUGAUCAACGUUGACAGAUGCCAGACAGCCUUCUGGCCCGUUGAUAGCAUUGAUUCAUUGGCAUUGAGAAUAGUCAUCUCUCAAAAAGAUGAGUGGCAACAGUGGAAUAUUCCGAAGAUGGCGUAUAAUCUAAAGCCACAAAUGGCCGGGGACAAGAUCAUCCCAUCCGAGCCCUUUACGUUCUUGCGGCGAUUACACAAGCUGAAAUUCAAUGUGAACCAUCGAGGAAAGAUAGGUGAGCCCAAGAUCUAUACGAUCAAGCGCAUUAUGUUCGAUACCAAGUACGGCCUCGAGGGUGCGACUUCAAAGACUGUUACCUUCGAGAAAGAACUAGAAGACGGAAGCAAACAGAACAUCUCUGUCUUUGAACAUUACAGACAGCGAUGGAACAUCCGUCUCGAAUUUCCCAACUUGCCUUUGGUUGAGAGCGCGCGUGGGGGGUUUUUCCCCAUGGAGCUGUGCAACAUCAUCAACCACCAAAGGUACACUUUCAAGUUGAAUCCUCACCAGACUUCGGACAUGAUUAAGCAGGCCGCUACUAGGCCUCCAAAGCGAAAGCAAGAUAUCAUGGAGGGCGUUACGCAUCUGAAGUGGACAGAAGACCCUUACCUUAAAGCAUUCGGCAUUAAGGUGAACCCUCAGAUGGUAACUACAGAUGCCAGGCUUCUCCCAGCUCCCGAAGUCGCUUUUGGCAAUCAGAAGAUCAACCCCGGAACUUCUGGCCGUUGGGAUCUACGGGGAAAGAAGUUCUUGGAGCCAAACACUGUUCCUCUAAAGGCAUGGUCCUUUAUCCUCUGCGGGGACAUGAAGACAUGUCAAAUGAACGAGCUCGAGCACUUUGCUCGACAAUUCUCUGGUGUUUACCGCAAUCAUGGCGGUAGAGUUGAGAAACCGGCAUACGUCAAGCAAAUCCCAUUUGGAAGCGGCAGUUACUCCGAGAUUUGCGAAAAAGCAUGGAAUGACACUGGCAAUUUUUGCAAAGCCUAUCCUCAAAUCAUCUUUUUCGUUUUACCGACAAAGAAUCAGCUCGUGUACGAGCGUAUUAAGAGGAACAUGGACUGCCGGUUCGGCAUUGUGUCUCAGUGUCUCCAAGGCAACCACGUGAAGACGUGUCAAGCUCAAUAUAUGAGCAACGUUGCUAUGAAAGUAAAUAGCAAGCUUGGUGGUGUUACCUGCAAGGUCCCCAACCCUUCGAAACCAGCAUCUCCACCGUUCUGGACACGACCGACCGCCAUGAUUGGAGUUGAUGUCUCGCAUGGUGGAGCAGGUAGUUCGCAACCAUCCAUGGCUGCCCUUACUAUGUCAAUGGAUAAGAAUGCGACUCGAUUUGCCGCAGCGUGCCAAACCAACGGUUAUCGUCAAGAAACGAUCCAACCUCAAAGCAUGCACUCGAUGCUUACAAAUCUUGUUAGAUUCUGGAUUGCCUCCAACAAUGCGUCUCCACUUCAUAUCUAUUACCUUCGCGAUGGUGUUUCGGAAGGGCAGUUCCAAGCUGUUCUGGAUGAGGAGGUUGAACAGAUGCGAAUUGUCUUCAAGAAAUUGGGUUGCCCUGAUCCUGAUUUCACAGUCAUCAUUGCGACAAAGCGUCAUCACGUCCGCUUCUUCCCGAAAGCUGGUGACAAGUUUUCUUCUGAUCGCAACAGCAACCCAUUGCCCGGCACACUUGUGGAUAAAGAUGUAACGCAUCCCCAGCAUUUCGAUUUCUAUCUUUGCUCACAUUCGGCAAUCCAGGGCACAGCUCGCCCGGUGCACUACCAGGUCAUUCUCGAUGAAGCUAAAGUGAAGUCGAAUGAUCUAAUGAGAAUGAUUUACCAGCAAUGCUACCAGUAUUGCCGAUCCACAACGCCAGUAUCUCUACACCCUGCGGUGUACUAUUCGCACUUGGCGUCAAAUCGUGCUCGCUCACAUGAGUCAAUCCCGGCCGAAAACUUCAUUGCGCCGGGCAGUAAGCCGGGACACCCACAGAAAGGACGUGACGAGGACAUCUAUAGCGAGCAAUCCAAGUAUACGGAGGCACCAAAGCUUCUUCCCAUGGAGGGCGAGAAAUCAACUCAACAAAUGGUCCAAUUCAUCAACAGCACUAUGUGGUAUGUCUAAGUUGCUUCUCAGUUACUUCUCAGUGGUACAACAUAUCUUUUGUUCUACCCAUGCCUCUCUCUCUCGGUUUCGGCUACUCGGUUCACUGUACAUUCGGAACACCGGUUGGACUUCGGUCCAGAUUUCUAGGGGUUGAUCAAUUUUCACUA